AUGAAAUACGGACUAGCCACCACAUCUUAUGAGGGUCCACUCGAAGAGUUGCCAUGCAAAGAUGACCUCGGUGCAUCACCUCUUGGUGAACAUGCAGCUGUCUACCAUCAAGGAAGCAGAAGGUCGAUCAAAGAAGGAGAAGAGCCCUAUCCAAUCGUUUCUGAACCUUAUGAAGGCCCACUCGACUAUGUGGAUCGUGAGAACGAUCUCGAGAGACUUCCAUUUGAGACCGAGCCAGCAACCGACAAGACCAAAGUCAAAGACAAAGUCGCUUCACCAACAACGCCGGAAGUUGAAGAGCCCAAGCAAUCUUGUCUAUCUCAAAGAGAACGUGCGAAUUUCGGUGAAUCC